CCCGGCGAAUCCCGGUUUCCGCCACCGUAAAAGCCAGCCCUCUCCGCCAAAUAAACGUUCGCGUUCCUCCUCUUCUUCCACCGCUGCGGCUGUGCUCAGGCACCAUCUCCAUCUCCAUCUCCAUCUCCAUCUUAUUCUUGUUUCUUUAUGUAUAUGCCCCGAAGUUUGAAACUGCUGGUAAAUUUUGGCCUACCAUACAUAACUGCAUGAUAUUUUCGCUGGUGCUGAUGCAUGCUAUCGCUCUGGGCAUCUUUACAGUGAAGAAACUUUCAUCAGCAUCAACAUUAAUUUUCCCUCUUCCGGUACUUACACUUCUAUUUAAUGAGUAUUGCCUGAAACGUUUCCUGCCAAUCUUUGUCACAUACUCUGCUGAGGAGUUCCAAUAAUACAAUCCAAAGUAGGAUUCUGUUCUUUAGGACAUCGGUGAUAAACUCAUCAAUGGGAGGUAGACGGGAGGCAGAAGAGUUGUCGAACUCUUUAGGGGGACUGAGUGAUUCAGAGUACUCUUCCCAGGAUUCUGCGGAUGACGAAUGGUGCAGUGAAGCAGGUUCCGAAACCAAAUUGCAGUGCAGGAGUGUUGUCUUGAAGGCUUGUUGGAAAGAUGAAACGGGUAUGGCUGAGGUUAUGAAUCACAAGGGCAAUUUGUGGAAAACGAUAGGGAUUAAUCGUAAUGGCAAGAUGUAUCUCUCAAUUGAAGAAACACUGUUUUUAAUACAAAUAGGGGCGUUGCUUCUUGUUGAUGAUAAGGAUACUACAUUUACUUUAAGUGAGGUCUAUCCAAAAGUUGCAGAAGAAAAGAGUGGUUGCAGUUGGGAAGGUUUUAAGAUCUAUCAGCAUCUUAAGUCUCUUGGCUACAUUGUUGGGAGAGUUGGAAUUCCGUGGAGCCAGAAGAGUACAAAGAAUUGCACAAUGGUUCAUGAGGAUACAUCUGAGACUGAUAACGUAACACAAAUUAUAUUCUCUAGGACUUCCAUUGUUCAGCCGUUGAACAAUUUAUCACUUAAUGAAGCAAAUCCUUUAUCUGAAGAUGAACUUCCAAAUAAGUUUAAGAAGACAUUUCCUGAAGAAUCGAAAUUUGUUGUCCAUUUACCUGUUUAUGAAGUUUAUCUUCCAAACAGCCAGUUCAAGAAGACAUGUCCUGGGGAUCCAGACUUUGUUGUCUAUCCAACCAGCGGGCAUCCACCUUCAGUGUUUGAUAUCAAAGAGCUGGAAAGACAAAGCAAUGGCCUUCCUAUAAAAGUUGGUCAUGUAGAUGAAGGACGAGUCAGUUUGUUCUCUUUUGACAAAGUGGAGCUUCCUGUCCUAGCAUGAAAAAGGACGAGUCAUUUUAGGGAGUGUUAUAAACGACGUUACUAGUCUGUAUACCCUUAUAUAUACCCUUGUGUGCAUUGUUAUAUGUUGGAAUUUCUGGAUGAAUGAAUCUGAGAAGUGGAAUGAACUGAGCAUGCCGCAACUUUGCAAGAUAAUAUCAAGUGUGAAGCAGUUGUUUUGUUUAAUCUUUAAAGCAAUAGCAACUGCACUCUCAAUACUCACUAUCAAUGGUUGCUGCUGCCUGGUGAUCAACCCUCGCAAUGUUAUCUAUACAAAAAUUAUACUCUAUUUUUUUUAUACAAAUUAUGUAAUUGAUUUUUUUAAUAACAUUUUUGUCCGGUGAUUUUGUCGGAAAUUGAUUUCGGGCUAUAAUUUAAAAUGGAUGUACUCUCUCCGUUCUUGAA